UUGAAAUAAUCUGUUUAGCCACCAGAACCAUAACUGCGUGAGCUUGUGUGUGUGGAUGACAUCUUGUCCAACUGCAUUUUCUCCGCUUUGCAAAAACACGUCAUUGACAAAUUCGGCCUGAAUUUGAUCUGAGCAUAUUUCCAGCUAGAAAAGGAAUUGGCAUGCCAAAUGGAGGAGGACAGAGAAGCCACACUGGGGAGUGAGGAAGAGGUGGAUGAGGCACUUUAUGAGGAAAACAUGGUACAGCAAGGAGAGGGAGGGUCGGAGGAGAAUAGCUAUGAGGGAAUGGCGGUCGAUGACAACGUGGAGGAAUGGAACGGGUUCAUUUCAGGACGGAUAAAAGAAGAGGAGGUGGUAUCUGAGUGGAAACCUGGUGACCCAGUGACCCCUCAACACAUCCUCAGACUGAACAGUUACACUACAGAGUUCCUGUGUUCACCAGAGGACAACAUCUACAACAUCACCUUCUCUCGGUUCAAGAUCAGGGACCUGGCAAGUGGAACGGUUAUCCUCGAUAUCAAGAAACAGUGUCCAACAGAGAUUAAAGACGUUAUAGACCUGGAUUCAGGCAGAUUCAUCCAGUAUCAUUUCUCGCCUACAUUCCUGACCCUCGGAGAGAUAGGAGCUACGUUGGAGUUUACUGUGGGAAGCAAGGCCCUGAACCGCUUUCGCCUGAUCGAGAAGCAUUUCUUCAGAAACCUCGUGCUCAAAACCUUUGACUUUGAGAUUGGGUUCUGCAUUCCAUACAGCAGGAACACCUGUGAGCACAUCUACUGCUUACCUGACCUGGAUCCACAAACAACUGUUUCAACACUGUCUUUGUGUCUUGUUAACCCUGGUCAGUUGAGGAGAUGAUUGACAACCCAUAUGAGACACGGUCGGACAGUUUCUACUUCGUCAACAACAAGCUCAUCAUGCAUCACAAAGCGGAGUACUCCUUUAACCAGCAAGUGGAGGCUUAGACACCGAGUCAACAGGGAAACUGCUGAAAAAGGAGGGUCCAAAGCGUCUGCAGAUCUAUUAUUUUGCCCUCAAGGGUUUAAAGUUGCUGUCAAUAAGACUUUUUCAUGCAGUCUCAUGUAAUAAGUGAAAAUCCCAAAUUCUGUCUGAAAGUCUGUGUGACUCUGUUGUGUUUAAUGGGGAAAUUUACAUCGAAAGCUGGGUACAUGAUGAGUGCAUGUGUAAAAUAAUGCAUCGGAAUGUGAAAAAGCUUGUAUUCCUUGAUAAUGCUUAUAUACUAUAUUAUUGCGGCGGUGACAAAAGAUACUGUUACAGUAGAAUGCACAACAUGUCAUAAAGCUUUAACAGAUUAAGGGGAAACGUUCAGAAGAUCCUGCCAGUUCUGAGUUGUAAGCAUUGUGGUGUGUUCAUUAAAAUACAUACAGGAUAACUAUA